AUGAGCACCGAUGUGGACCGCCGUUCUGUACCCGAUGCCGCCACGGCGCUACUGACGGUCAAGAUCGGGGACAUCUCGCGCACGUCCCGCAAGCACUUGCGGAUCACGCCCUUCCGUUUCUUACUGUCCGAAGGUCUGGACGUGUUCCGUGCCAAGGUGGACACGUGUACGGACAAAGCGCUGGAGAAUGUGCGCGGCGAGCGCUACAUACGCGAAGAUCGGGCGCUCUACAUGCGACCAGGAGCCCACUCUAAACAGGCAGAGCUGGUGGAGCUAACGCACAGUAAUUUUGAGGACCGCGUGACCAGGAGCUACAGGAACUACCUUAAGCGCAAAGCGGAGGAUACGUUCCAGUGCGAGGUCUACGAACAGCACAUUGGUACCACCUUCUACCGCCCCGUGAGGAUGGUGGUCAACGGAGCCAUCGUACCUGUGCAAGUCAACGUACAGGACUUGCUCGGGUGCUUUAGUGCCUUCCAGCAACAGUCGACACUCGGAUCCAGCGGCACCGAGACCCACGAAAACGAUGUGGAAGCCAACGGUUUCCACGAGUGA